CCCCGAACAACGUAACCGAUACCGGCAACAUCCCGCGUUAUGGUUCCCCAUGCCCCCUCAGCGGACAGCCUCGUCCCCAUUACCUAGGCACUAAGUUAAGGACUAUUCAAAGGCGCGAACACCGGCUAAUGUCCAGAGUCAGAACCUCGAUCUUUUGUCACUGUCAUUCUUUUCAUUCUAUAGAUGAGCGGUUUCAGUCGACAUCAUGACUUCUAUACCAACCUAUACUAUCAUACAAGCCGACGGUCUCUACCCCGACGACGUAGUCGAGCAAAAGAUAUUUACUGAACAUCCUACACAUGAAUAUAAAAUCAACUAUGUCCAGACUUACCUCUGGCCACCCGGCACGGUCACUGCUCUACCGUGGUCUGCAAUCGACAAGAACCUUCGCGACCAGGUCGACGGAAUUCUAGUCUUGAAAAUGCCCUUCACAGCCCAUGACCUGGCAUUAUUUCCUAAGCUGAAAGUUAUCGUCCGUAUGGGCGUUGGCUACGACCGUCUGGACCGAGUAGCGCUCGCUGCCCGUGGUGUCACGGUGUGCAACGUCCCAGAUUAUGGCACCGCCGAGAUAGCAGACCAUGCGCUUGCCCUGGCACUCUCACUCCGUCGCGGCGUCCUCCUGCACCACGAGCGUCAGCGCGGCCCUCAGCCGUACCCAUGGGCAUAUAUCGACAGCCCACUCGUCGCCCGGAUUCAACAGGCAACCUUCGGCGUCUUGGGGCUGGGAAGGAUCGGGACGGCCGCAGCUCUACGCGCCAAGGCGUUCGGUUGGAAAGUGCUGUUCUAUGACCCUUACAAGCCCAACGGCACUGACAAAUCGCUCGACAUCGAACGGACCAAAGACAUCAAGGAGCUCUUCCGAAGGUCAACGACCUUGAGCAUCCACUGUCCCUGUACGCGAGAGACUCGUGGCAUGGUAGGUUAUGACCUGUUAAGUCUACUGCCGCGCGGGGCGGUGUUCGUCAACACCGCUCGCGGAGAAGUGGUCGACCUUGACGGUGUAGAGAAGUGUAUGCGUGAGGGCAUUAUCUCCGGGGCAGGUCUUGAUGUGCUGCCCCAGGAGCCUAUACCGGAGCCGGCGCAUCCUUUGAUACAAGCGUAUCGCAAUAAGGAAGAGUGGUUGACGGGACGAAUGGCAGUGACAUGUCACACGGCAUUCUACAGCCCCGGAAGUUUCGUCGACAUCAGAGAAAAGUCGAGCCAGACCAUCAGGGAUGUACUGAUAGACAAGCUGGACAGCAAUGUUAUAACGCCGGAUAUGGAAUAAUUCGGGAAC